GGUCUAGGGUUUACGAAGGAGAAGAAGAAGAUAGAGGUGGUGUUGAAUGACGGGCUGGGUAAGAAGGUUCAGGUGAAGUGCAAUGAUGACGACACCAUCGGCGACCUCAAGGAGCUCGUCGCUGCCCAGACCGACACGCAAUCCUACAAGAUAAAGAUCCAAAAAUGGUACAAUAUCUACAUGGACCACAUCACCCUCAAGGACUACGAGAUCCAUGAUGGCAUG